AUAAAAAUGGUCGAGAAUAAGAGUUCGUACGAACUGCCUGAUCAAAAAACUCUUGAUAUGAACAAAGAAUGGGUGCAGGAGCUGGAGGAUAUUUUCUACAGCUACAAGAAGUACGAUGUGAACAAGGUCAGAGUUCAGCAGUUUUUGGACAGAAGAUCCGAUUUCCUCGUCUAUGACUUUUACACCUCUAACCUGUCAAUGGAUGCGAUGCAGUAUUUCCAAGCAGGUGUAACUCAAAAGGACGUCGGACUGAGCAAAGACUACAUCCUGCUCAUGCGUAAACUGUACAGUAUGCUCACGGAGCCGAGCAAGCAGUUUUUCCAGGAGCAAUUCGUUAAGGAAUGGCAAUAUCACGAAAUUGAUUAUACGCCAUAUUUCGAAACACUCGUUCCCCGAUUCAGGGAGAAAAUUGCGAGAUUAUUGGAUGAAAUUGUCAAAAAUCCUGAAGAGGUCGACGACGAUGUUCAGGAAGAGUUGCGCUGGCACCUGCUCUUCUCACCAGUCACCACUCUUCUGGACAUUUUCACUCGAUGCCUCAAGAACUUCGAAAUCACUGGAUUUUGUUUAAAUGUGUGCCUAAAAGUGCCACAAUUGUUCUUCGAUCGUCCGCUGAAAAUAUAUCACACUGAAUACGAAACCGAUCGCGUUGAAUCACUCAUGGCUCUGGUUUUCCGCAGAUUGAUUUUCAAUAAGCGCUGGGUGGAUACAAGUGACGAAGAGUGGAGCAAUUUGGAACAACUCGCAAGGGUGAUAUGCUCAGGACAGGAACCCUCGUUGAUGUCUGCAUGGCCACUUCUGGAAGUGGUGCUUUGCGAACUCUACACUCAGAACAGAACUCCCAUGAUAUCAGUGGAAGUUUUGAGCGAAAUUGCUGUGAAAAUUGUUGAAAACUUCGAUAAUUUGAAGUAUGCCACGUCGGCGAGAACUAAACCAGCUGAGAAUGUUCUUUUGACUCCUUCGAUUAUUUGUUUCUUGCUCAACAUUAUUGUUGACGAGAACGUAUCGAAUACAGUCAUUGAAAACUGUAAAAUGAUUCUCAAGGCGAUUGGUCAAAACAUGGAGCAACCGUUCGAUGCUGAAGCGAAGAGCUACUUAACUUCUAAGGUUUUGAAAGAAUUUCCGUGGACCUUAGAAUUCGCAAUCUCAACGUGGUUCAAGGCUCUGGAAGUUGAGAAGCGACGCAUUCCAUCAGCAGUCUACAAAGCAAUCAAUGCAGAAAUGAAGGAGACAUUCGACGAAAGAACUUUCGAUAUCGAGGAAAGCGAAACUGUUGAUCAAUCGAUCAAUGAAGAAGACGAAGAACGUUGUUCGACUCUAUCAUCUGAAUCUUCAGUGAAAACUGCGAUAUCUAUUGACCAUAAAUCGGACACCGCUGUUGAUAAUCUGGAGAUGAAUCAACUGCAUCUGAGCCCAAAGCCCAAGGCUUCUGUAGAGGCAGUGAAAAGCUGUAAGCCCGCUUUUGUCGCAGUGAUAUUCGAGGAAAUUCCACCCGAAACUGAUCAAAACAUCUCAGUUUUUGAAGAUCCAACAAUUGAAGUUCUCACGGAAUACCUCGAUUGUAUCAUCACAAUGGGAGUGUUCGACAUCUCGUGCGCCGACGAACUCAUGCGUCACAGUUCAGUCACGUUCGAAUCCUCAGAACAACUGGAAAAAGUAAUGAAGACGGCGUUUGAGGAGAAUUUCGAGAUCGCAAACGCUGGUCCACAGCGUAUCAAAGAGAUCUCUGGGAAGAUUUUGGAGGUUUUCGGCUCAACCUCGUCGGAAUCGGACCACGACCGUAUCGCUUCAUCGAUCAUAGAGCUCAUUCCAACAGAAGAAUAUGAAAAGACUGGGCCAAGAUGGAGUCAUGAUAUAAAGAAAUCGGAAAUCAUUCAGCCUCUGGUUAUCCCAGUCGAAGCAACGUUGGAAAGCUGGCCACCAGCUGAGUACCGUUACGUUGCUCCUGGUAUCAAGGAAUCUCGUGACUCUGCACGACAUGAACGCCUACUACGCCAGCAACUUGCAACAACCAAAUCUUUGGAAAUGGCUCAACUUCAUCGCGAUUUGUGGGCGGAAAACGAGAAAAAUAUGGAGCAUUGGACACGCCCAGCGUCCCCUUGCAAUAGUUCAUUUUUCGCUGAAUCUAGCGUGAAGCCAACAACAUCAAGCGCAUAUGGCAACUCUUCGAAUUUCUCUCGUUAUGCAGACUGAUCGUCUCUGAAACUUUCUUAUAAUGUUCCUUGUGUUCCUUUUGUUACUUUGUUGUUAAUUUUUCGUUCUUGUUUUUUGUUGUAAAAUGCUUUAUGCAGGUUUUUACCUGACACUGAUUUUGAGCCCACCAAGUCUUCGUGAUGGAACUUCUACCCAUUUCAAAGACUUCGGGAUUAAUUGUUUUCCCUCUGAAUUUUUUAUAAUUUUUCCCGAUUUAUUCUACCUCACCGUGAACAUUUUAACCCCUUAAUUAUCCCAUGAGACCGCUCAUUUUUAUAAAAUCGGUAGGACGCGAA